AGGGCAAGGCAAAAAAAGAGAGAAAGAAAAGGAAAAAGGUUGUGAAGAUGAGGAGGAAUUCAUGGAGUGGGUUUGGUGUAAUUGUGUAUGUAAUGAUGAGUUUUUGUGAAGGGCGUGUGGAUCUCCCGCCAAACGUAACGGUUCCGGCAGUAUUUGCGUUUGGAGAUUCGAUCGUUGAUCAAGGCAUGAACAAUCAUAUGGCAACACUUGUCAAAUGCAAUUUCCCGCCCUACGGAAGAGAUCUCAACAACGCCGUUCCCACCGGCAGAUUUAGCAACGGCAAGACUCCUCCGGACUUCAUCGCCUCAGAACUGGGAGUGAAAGAACUGAUACCAGCUUAUCUUGAUCCCAAUUUGAAGCCUCAAGACCUUCCAACUGGAGUCAGCUUUGCUUCGGGAGGAUGCGGCUUCGACCCGCAAACUGCUCAAAUAGUGUCAGCAAUACCUCUGUCUGAUCAGUUGAAUCAUUUCAAAGAAUACAUUGGAAAGCUGAAAGCAGCAGUUGGGGAAGAAAAGGCCAAGUUUAUCUUGGCCAACAGCUUAUACCUGGUGGUGGCAGGCAGUGAUGAUCUUGCCAACACUUACUUCACCAUCGGCAUCCGUCGCCGGCAAUACGACGUCAAUUCAUACACCGAUCUCAUGGUGUCCUCGGCUUCCAACUUCAUUCAGGAACUAUACAAGCUUGGAGCGAGACGAAUCGCUGUUUUCGGCACCCCACCAAUAGGAUGUUUGCCGGCUCAGAGAACCCUUGCAGGCGGCAUAGCGAGGAUGUGUUCCGAGGAAGAAAAUCAGGCUGCCCAAAAGGUUAACGAAAAGCUCUCACCGGCACUCGCUUCCCUCGCCAAACGCUUGCCUCAGUCCAAGAUUGUUUACGUCAACAUCUACGACCCUCUUCUUGAUCUCAUCCAACACCCUCAAAACCACGGGUUCGAGGUUAGUGACAAAGGCUGCUGCGGGACAGGAAACAUAGAAGUGGUCAUACUGUGUAACAAAUUGAGCAGAACGUGCAGCGAUGACUCUAAGUACGUGUUUUGGGACAGCUACCAUCCCACUGAGAGAGCAUACCGGGUUCUCGUUGAUCUAAUCCUACACAAAUACAUCAACGCCUUAGAAUGAGGCCUCCAACUGCCUAAAACAAUUUUAUUUAUUGGGACCAAUGUUUAAACAGAGGGCUUUUGUUUAACAUGUUUUCUUUCUUAUGUAAAUCAUCUGCCUCAACUCAUAUGUUCUACUUCUCAAUCAA